CAUAUAAUCAAACUAUGGAUAAUUUUCAUCAAGCCGCACUUCGAUUACAUAUCACCUAUAUUAUGAGUAUAAAAGAAGUCUAUGAUAGAUAAAUAUGAUAGAUUGUGGAGAAAAACGAUCAGAAUAGUAACAAGGGUACAUAAGUAAUUUAAUGUAGAGGAAAUUGAGAAAAUAUUCGAGUAGGUGCCACUUUAUGGGGCAGAUGGAGAUUAUUGUUUAAACAAUGGAAGACAAUACUGACUAGAAAAAUGUGUAGAGGUUUUUGAGGACUUUUAUAUAGAUAGAAUUUAGAGAGGAGAAUAAGAAAAAACAUUUUGUUUCAAAGAUUUAGAGGUGAUAGAACCAAAUGCCGAAUCAUAAAAGGUUGAAAUCUAUGAUGAUCCGCUGAUUG